ACAUCUCCCUUUCUUCCACUUUCCCUUUCCUUGCACGUUUUGCCCCUUCGUGCCUUUUGAAGCCAAACACAAACCCAACCACUACUCCAUGCCAGCAAACCCCACCAUGCCCGAGCUCAGUCAACCCACCAGCACCCCUAAACGUAACACCCAGCCGGGCCCGCAACAAACUGGCCCUCCGCCUCGCCGCCCGCAAAAAAGAAGCCGAAGAAUCCUCCGCACUCGAAAACGAAGAUCCAGAUACAGCAGACGCGGCAGCCAUCCAACAAGCCUUUGAAAUGCCCGUGCAACCGCUUUCCGACCUCCCCGAUUUAGAUUUAUCCGCAGUGACCGAGCGCCAGAUCAACGAGUUGAUCGGUGUGCAAGGAGGACCACAAGCACAAGCACAAGCACAGGAUAGAACUACCACAAAAGCGGUGGUUUCUGCAUACUCGUCUAGUUCAGGAGAGGAUAGUUCAUCCUCUUCAGAAGAAGAAGAAGAAGAAGAUGACGAUCGUCCUCAAGAAUCCGAAGAACAAGCAGAGCAGCAGGAUGUAAAAGGGGAUAAUGUGGUCGUGGGAGUCAAACGUCGUCCUUCAACCACAGAAGCCAAGAAACGCAUUCCUCUCGACGACGAUGACGAUGGUGAGGAGGAAGAUGAGCGUCAUCAUCAUCAUCAUCGUCAACAACAACAUCAACAGCAGAGAUCCGGGUUGCAAAGGCAAAUGUCUGAUCCAUUCGAGAGUCCGGAGGAUACCAGUAGUGAUGAGGAAAGCAGUGGUAGUAGUGAAGGAGAGGAAUUGGCUUUUGGAAGGGAGAGGCCUAUGGGUACUGAGUGAGGAUGAGAACGAGGGAACGUGGGAUGAAAGAUGAUGAUGAUGGAAAGGAUUAGCCAUAGAUCUCUUUUGUCACUUAGGGAAAUGUCAUGAAUUUUCGAAUUUGGAGAAAAAAAAUACCUAGGGCAAGAUGAG